AUGGUGGGCGCGCACCCGAGGUGGAGCUUGGACACCUCCGCAGCUGCGACCUUCAGGGAACUGCUGCGCCCGCUGCAACUGGAAGUCAAGCCGACCUGGGCUCUGAAAUCUCAUCAGAAGGAUGGCUACAAUUGGCUCAUGUCUCGGGCCACUGGACAGAUGGGUGCAUUGCUGGCUGAUGCAAUGGGCCUUGGCAAGACCCGUCAAGCCAUUGCCUACAUCCUGGGAAUCCGUGCGGGCCUGAAAUCGACCGCUUCCGAUGGACCUCCAGGUGAAAGCUUUGCCCCCAGCCUCAAGGGUUCGGCCUGGCAAAGGGCCUUGGUCCUGGCUCCCGCGAUGCUGGUGAGAGGUGAGCAGAGCGUUUGGCAACGUGAGCUGAGAGAGGUCGCUGCACAGUGGCAGGAAGAUCUCAAGGUCUGGACGUGGCAUGGCGAGCGCGCCAUCGAUAUGCAGUACGAGGUGAACACUGCCCAGUGGAAGGGUCCCAUCGUGCAGCUCUACGACGUGGUCCUAACGAGUUACGAGAGCUUUCUGCAGAAUCAAGACAAGUUCCUGCAAGAGAGUUGGAGCUGUGUGGUCUUGGAUGAGGCUCAGACCAUCAAGAACCACGGUUCCCAAACCGCCCACGCCGUCAAGCGCCUUUCUCAUGUGCCGUAUCGCUUGGCUUUGACUGGGUCGCCCAUCGAGAACUCUUUGGAUGAUUUGCAUUCAAUCUUGGAGUUUGUGGAGCCUGACUGUGCUGGAAGCAUUCAGGAGUUCAGGGAGAACUUCGCACAGGGCAGCGAAGGCCGAGCUUCCCUUCAAAAGUUGCUGCAGUCAGUGAUGCUCCGGCGUGAGAAUGGAGAGGCCAUUCAGAUGGUGGCGAAAGAGGAAGUGGAGGUCUCAGUAAGGAUGGCACCUGAUCAAGCCAAGGCUUACGAGGUGCUCAAGGAGGGCAUUGAUUCGCCGGAGGUCUCCUUUCACAAGCAGUUCCGAGAGAUGGAGCUGCUUUGCACGCAUCCCUGGUGCUAUUUGCAACGCCGUGCUGGGGAGGACAUCACCGCAGAUGCGUUGGCUCGCCGCGGGGUCCGGAGGGGCAAGGUGCAACUGCCUGAGCGCUUCUACACCGAGGCUCACGAACAGGACAUCAACGACAGUGGCAAGCUUGCCGAGUUGUUCGGCAUUUUGCGCGGUAUCCAUGCGCGAAGAGACAAGGUCCUGGUGUUUUUUUGCCGGACGGUGACGAGUGAGCUUCUUGCGGCAUUGGUGAAGAGGGAGUUCGGCAUCCAACCGGGAAUCCUUCGGGGUGACACGCCUCAAGCAGAGCGAGAACGGAUCAUCAGCGAAUUCAAAGCAGAUCCCAUCCCAGGAGAAGCUCAAUCGCAGGUGCUCCUGCUUUCUGUUUGGGUCGGAGCAGUAGGCCUCAACUUGCCUGAAGCUCGUUGGGUGGUCCAUCUGGAGCGGGUGUGGAAUCCAGCAUUGGAGCGCCAGGCGACGAGUCGUGUGCACCGGCUCACCUCUCGGUUUCCAGUGAAAGCUUAUUGCCUCUUCACAGAGGGGACCAUCGAAGCGCGGAAAUGCGAAGUGCUAUCCUUCAAGCACCGCCUUUCCUCGAACGUCAUGGAGGCGCUGGAUGCCGACUUUGACGAAGGGCAAGAUGAAGAGAAGCCGUUGAAGGAGGACGCAGAACUCAGGCAGCUGAUGUGCGGGGAGUUCGCAGAGGAUUCUGGUGGUCAGGAUGAAGAGCUGGCAGAGGCAGAGCCAGGGGAGCCUGGGGAGCAGGUGGAGUCUGAGGAGGAAGGCACGGGAAAAAAGAAGUGUCCGCCACAGGCUUUGUAUCCAACUCUGGACAGGUUGAAGCCGCCUCAAAUGAAGCGGCUUUGGGUGGGAAAGUACGGAGAUCCUACGGACGAAGAGCUUUGGGAGUGGUACACAGUGCAAGGACGACGCGAGGUACAUGAGAAGGCUCCCACCUUCACCACUGGACGACUGAAUGAGAGGAAGCCACAACGACAGGACCGGCCCAAAGUGCAUCGCCCCUUCAACAGCCGUUGCAGCCGCAUCCGAGAUGUCAGCGAGCGACGGGAUCACGUGGUGUCAGUCCCCUUGGGCGAGUCCGGUGUGUGCAGCCGAUUGUUUAUUCCAGAGCAUCUUCGAGAGCUCUUCCUAGAGGACGAGGGCAUACAAAAACGACCGCCAGCUGCCAAUGAAGCGCCCUUCACUAUUCUGACUCCAUCAUUUAGCCGCUCUGCACUUGAUGAUGAAGUCGGACUGUUGGACCUCAGUAGCACGAUGGUGACUGAGAGCGGCGAGCCUUUGAAGUUUUUGCACAUCGUGGCCGUGAAAGCAUCCGAAGUCGAAAAGUAUCGGAGCAGCGCGCCAUUUUUCGUUGUAAUGGAGCUGCCAAACGUUGUGACCGUUCAGCACCAGAAGUAUGGAGCUCAAACUCCUGAGGAGUUGGGCGUUGGAUGUGCGCGGCAUUGGCUGGUCAGGCUGGCCGCUUCCCUUAAGCUGGACUAUGCGUUUUUCUUGGAUGACUCGGUGCGUUCGUGGCGCGGAAUCACUCUGGUGGACGAUGCGCAAUGCCAAUUUGGACAUCCUUCAGGAUCCAAGGCCCACUGCAAGAUCAUUCCAAUGGCAAGGGUCAUGGACUACCUUGUCGCACCUGAGUUCUACAAAGAGGAACUGCCAAAGUUUGGGCUCUUCGGAUUUGCCAGGUUGGCACCAGAGCUGUUGCUUGCACGCACUGCCUUCAGUCGCUCGCACGUGUACUCGGCCUUCCUGCUCAAUAUCUCCAAGGUUCUGAAAGAAGGGCUCAACUACAAGCAAGAGCUCUUUGUGUGGGAGGACAUUUUCUUCAACUUGCAAGUUCACGAUGUGGUGAAGACCAAUCGCUUUGCAAUGGUCAAGCAGCCCUACAAGACUGGAGGCUGUUCAGAGAUGGUGGCUCGCAGCGCAAACCCCUUUAUCCGGGCCCGUGCCGUCAACCGGCUUAGCGCUGAAGAGCUGGCAGCAGAAGUCAUGGGGGAGGCACCUCAACUCGAUGAAGGCAAGAAGAAACGCGGACGCCCUUCAGGAGGCUCCAAGAGAAAACUGCCACCUGAAGUUGAAGAAUCGGGGCAAGUCUUUGAUCUCUUCAAGUUGGAGGAGGAUCCUUCACUGCAGGUUGAAGGUGCUGUGGUGGAUGACAAUGGGGCUUUGGUGAACACUUACUACAAGCGGUUCAUUCAAGCAUUCAAAGAUGCAGAGAAGGCGCGAGCAGAUGUUGCAGCGCCUACGGGACUCAAACGACCAGGGGUUCGACCAACUGAAGAAAUCCCGGAGACCGUUAAGUUCUGGGACGAUUCCUUGGGGCGGCGCAAAGGUGUGACACAUUCCCGCGAGACGUGGGGCGCUGGUUACAUAGCAAAGCCCGUGAAGCCAGAAGACAAGAAGAAAGGGUCCAAGUGGUUCAAUGUGAAGACUUGGGGCUGUUGGCGAAUGGCCUUUUUCAUGGCAAGACUGCAGCAGCAGGUGUGGAAAAAGCGAUACGAAGACGCCGUCAGGAAUGGCGAGAUCGAAGGCAAGCCUGAGGCCACCACACCUGAGGCAAAGUCCAAGAAACGUGACACGGAAGCUCAGUCUGGGCAGAAACGACGGGGUCGCCCGAGACAUGACAAGGGGCAGGCUGCUUCAUCUAGUAAAGGUGAAGAGAAGAGGUCCAAGCGAAAGUCAUCAACCCCUCCCACCUUGGAGAGCUUCUUCCAGGCCCGACGAAAGGUGGAAGCACCGGAGGUAUCCAAGCCAGCACCAGAGAAGAAGCAGAAGACGCUUGCUGCCUUCAUGAAAGGCAGCGGAUCUGCUUCUUCACAGGCCCCUUGUGCAGGGGAGGCAUGGAUUUGA